AAAUGCGCCCGCUUUUGGCGCCAUUUAAGCUGCGGGAAGAGUGACCGUCGUCCUUUCGAUCCACAAAUAAGGUACCACAGUUGGCCUGUUGAACUGCAGUUUGGAUGCAACCAGAACCGGCUAACCGACUUGGCCUGUUGAACUGCUUGUGGAUGCAACCAGAACCAGCUAACUAACCUGGCCUUUUGACCUGCAGUAUGUACCUUUUAAAGACGCGCAAGGAUGGAUACCUUCAUGUGGAGUUGUUUUUUUAAUCAUCCAUAUUCAUUCAACCACUUAUUCGUUCUUAUCCUUACUUAAGGUAAGAGGUAAGGUAAGGUAAGCCUUUUUACUGUGUAAAAGCACAGACUUUGAAAACUUGCCAUGGGGAUAAACGUUGUCACACAAGUUAACCACUGUAAAAAAACAAAAAAGACAAACUAUUUAAACGUAAGGUCACACAAGUGUCAAAAGAAUUUAAACACACUCACUGCGCAGUUUGUGUAAAAGGGGAAAAAUUUCUUGUGUAUGGUGUUUUCAAAAAGCAAAACAGAAACUUGUCACAAAUGUAUGAAAUAACUUCUUAACAAGAGCUCUUGUGUGUGUCAAAAUCAAAAUGUGCAAACUUCACAAAAGCAAAAGGUGCAAAACAUUGUUGGGACAAGUGUUAAAAGGUUGGUCAAAAAAAAGCAAAAAAUUUGCAAAAUGUUGUGACAAGUGUGAUUUUUUUUUUUUUUUUGAAGGUUUGAAAAAAAAAAAACCCAAGAGGUCUUAUGUGUGUGUGUGUGUGUGUGUGUGUGUCAUAAUCAAAGCAAUAACUUUAAAAACACUUGUGUGACAAAGCUAAAAAUAACACUAACUCAAUCACCAAAGUUUUUUUCCCCCGCAGGAAAAAUGGUAAAACAAAGGACACACAAAAAACUGAAUAACAGCUCUUGUGUUUGCUAACUAACCUGUCCUGUUGAACUGCAGUGUGGAUGCAACCAGAACCAGCUAACUAACCUGGCCUUUUGACCUGCAGUAUGUAAGUAUGCACCUAGCUACUAUGUAUGUAUGUAUGUAUGAUACAGGUACCACAGUUGGCCUGCGACCAGAACCGGCUAACCGACUUGGCCACCAGAACUACAGUAUGUAUGUAUGUCUGCACCCAGCUAACUAACUUGGCCUCUUCAACUGCAGUAUGUAUGUAUGCACGUAUCCACACAGGUACCACAGUUGGCCUGCAGUUUGGAUGCGACCAGAACCGGCUAACCGACUUGGCCACCGGAACUGCAGUAUUUUGUGGAUGCAACCAGAACCAGCUAACUAACCUGGCCUUUUGACCUGCAGUAUGUACCUUUUAAAGACGCGCAAGGAUGGAUACCUUCAUGUGGAGUUGUUUUUUUUAAUCAUCCAUAUUCAUUCAACCACUUAUUCGUUCUUAUCCUUACUUAAGGUAAGAGGUAAGGUAAGGUAAGCCUUUUUACUGUGUAAAAGCACAGACUUUGAAAACUUGCCAUGGGGAUAAACGUUGUCACACAAGUUAACCACUGUAAAAAAACAAAAAAGACCAACUAUUUAAACGUAAGGUCACACAAGUGUCAAAAGAAUUUAAACACACUCACUGCGCAGUUUGUGUAAAAGGGAAAAAUUUCUUGUGUGUGGUGUUUUCAAAAAGCAAAACAGAAACUUGUCACAAAUGUAUGAAAUAACUUCUUAACAAGAGCUCUUGUGUGUGUCAAAAUCAAAACAAAAAUCAAAAUGUGCAAACUUCACAAAAGCAAAAGGUGCAAAACAUUGUUGGGACAAGUGUUAAAAGGUUGGUCAAAAAAAAAGCAAAAAAUUUGCGAAAUGUUGUGACAAGUGAUUUUUUUUUUUUUUUUGAAGGUUUAAAAAAAAAAACAAGAGGUCGUGUGUGUGUGUGUGUGUGUGUGUGUGUGUGUGUGUGUGUCAUAAUCAAAGCACUUGUGUGACAAAUGUAAAAAUAACACUAACUCAAAGGUUUUUUUUCCAGGAAACAUGGUAAAACAAAGGGCACACAAAAAACUGAAUAAUGACAGCUCUUGUGUUUGCCAUGGUGUCAAAAACUGCAAACUUGACCAAAAAAAGCAAAAAAUUUGCAAAAUGUUGUGACAAGUGUGAUUUUUUUUUUUUGAAGGUUUAAAAAAAAAAAAAAACCCAAGAGGUCUUAUGUGUGUGUGUGUGUGUGUCAUAAUCAAAGCACUAACUUUAAAAACACUUGUGUGACAAAUCUAAAAAUAACACUAACUCAAUCACCAAAGUUUUUUUCCCCCGCAGGAAAAAUGGUAAAACAAAGGGCACACAAAAAACUGAAUAACAGCUCUUGUGUUUGCCAUGGUGUAUGCACGUAUCCACACAGGUACCACAGUUGGCCUGCAGUUUGGAUGCGACCAGAACCGGCUAACCAACUUGGCCACCAGAACUGCAGUAUUUGUAUGUACCUUUUAAAGACGCGCAAGGAUGGAUACCUUCAUGUGGAGUUGUUUUUUUAAUCAUCCAUAUUCAUUCAACCACUUAUUCGUUCUUAUCCUUACUUAAGUUUUGGUCCUCCGUACGUAUCUCCAUAUCAUACCUGACAGAUCUAAAAGAGGAAGCCAAUGUUUUUGUGAGAGGAAAUGACAGACGGAGUGAGUGUGACUCACUGCCAUGCAUCGAUGAGAAAAUCUACCACCAUAGGUCAUCACAGGUUGAAUCCAUUCUCCUGUCUCAUCCCACCGCUGCUCAGCUGCUGCUGUCAUCUAUAUUUGCAGCCUCACUGGACAAUGUUCUGCGGGCUCUUGUGGUGGUGCUCACAAACAACGCAUAGAUCAAGUGAAUUAAUUCUGCUGUUGUGGCAGCGCGCUGGAGAUCUAGGUCAUGCAGUCGUGGCUUUAUUUUUACUUCUUCCUCCUGUGGCCAUGUCAACAUCCUCGUAUCUUGCAUGUAUCGUGAUGUGACCUUGACUUUUCCAGGUGUGUUUGAAUGUGACAUCGGAGGCGGUGCUGGUAUGAUGGGAUGUUAACUAGAACUGUGGGGGUGGCCUGCAGCUACAGCAUGAGUGGAUGUGUGAGGAUGGGGUGGGUGGGGGAGUCAGAAUGAGGGAGAGAUGAGCAGUGGAACAGGAAGAGGAGGAGGAGGAGGAGGGUGCAGCGAGGGGACUGUGACGCACGCCGACGGUCUCAGCUCGCCCGCCAUUGGCCGCGGUACGUGCCGCUCACAGAGGCAUCGGAGAGCCGAGCGCCGUGAGGAGAGCAGAUUAUGAAGCGGCACUCCGGCGACGGCAGUCUCUACUCUUAUUGUCUCCAUGGCCGCGCACGCAUUCCUCCUGUGCUCCGUCGCCUUGCUGUCUGCUCUCAGCCGCCCCGUCGUCGCCGUCUCCGAGGAUGAGCUGCAGCCAGGACUCGCCUACGAUGAAGUGCCUGAAAUCUUAGACAGAAGCAUAGAGAACCCCAAACAAGCGACAAGAGUCACAUCAAGUCAGGAUGGCGAAUAUGGCUUGGAAAGCGAAGAGGUUAUUUUGACGCCUGAAGAUGAAAACCCACUCAGGAGAAUACUGCAGCCUUUCAGGUGGCAUCAUGCAGGACUGUCUCACAGUAAGAGGAAAUUGCUGCAGUCGCUGAUGGGACCUUAUGGACCCCUGAGUGUGUCCUACAACGGGAAGACGUGCAUCCUGUUUAAGGCAAAACGUCUGGCAAUCCGAUACAGGAACCACACAUUCAUUGACCUGACCGAGAGAGUGUUCAAUCCCAACUCACCCGUGGACACUAAAGGAUCCAUCUGCACCAAGGAGAAGGCCACGCUUUCAUUAAAGUUUGGUGAUGUGGAGGACUUGCGAGGUCUAGUAAUCAGGCUUCAGAUGUCAAACACCUUCUACGAGGCGGCGGGUCAAAACUGGUUCACCCUAGACAGCGUACAUAUCCACUACAACUGGACCCAGGAGGCCACGUUCAACGCCAGUGAGGUCUACGCUCCGGCCACAUCGUCCUACCACUGCCAGCACGUCAGCAGUCUGCACAAAUACGACACGUUGCUGGUGCCCAGCUCCCACACUGACACGUCUGCUAACUGGCACAUCACCUUCACCGACUUCCAGAUUCAAGCAUUCAACGUUCAGUCGGACAAAUUCGCUUCACCUAGCGACUGCGCCACUUUCCUGACGCCGGCUAUCCUCAUGGGAUUGGUGACGUCUCUGAUUCUUCUCCUGGUCUUAGCUUACGCUCUACACAUGGUGGUUCAUCUCAAGCACAUCGACCGCUACGAGGAACACAAGGCCACCGUUUACUUUCCCCGGAGUCCAGAGGCCGAGUUGCCGGACAAGAACAGCCUGUGAUGGAAGAGGAAAAAGCACAGGAGGAGAGACAGAGGAACAGCAAUGCCGAGGAGGCAGAGAACAAGUCAUGGAAAAAGUAUCCUCCACACAGUACUUCUUAAACAAAAUGCCUGUUCACAUGAAAACCUUGUAAAUCACUUAAGUAAAUGCAGGAUACUUUUUUCCUUCUUUCCUCAUUGACCUGCAUCUUGGCAUCCAUGUAUCGAAUAAGUUCUCUGGAUGCUCAAGCCUCAACCGAUUCUCUGACGGUUCAAAGAUCGAGGACACUCCUCGGGCCCCGAGGGGCGACCGCCGGCAUUUACCCCAGCCAGCUAUUCAACUUCCAUCGGCUAUUUGUCGCUAAUACAGCUAUCAUCAGAUGCUCCUGAUUAAAUGUAACUAGUACAUGGGUCACAAGUGUCAUAAUACAAGCUUCCGUCGCUCAUCGUCUUUUCCGACUUUCUCUAAAGUAUCCUUUCUCUUACAGCUGCAAGAAAUAUAUACUUCUACUACAAACAGUCAGUUUUAGCACUGAAAUAGUCGUAUUAGCUGCAUGCCAUAAAAACCGCUGGUCAAUCUGGGCUAGUGCAGUGUUUCCUGGUAAUCAGACUGUCUUGCAUGAGGUGCAGUUUAAAAAAAAAUCAACAGCGUCUGAAACGCGUCUGAGUUUCAACGAACGGUGAAUUAAGGAAACGCUGGUCUAGCUAGCACACGGCUGGAGCGAAGAGCCCGUCGGAGCCUUCGGUGUUGUCCAAUCCCCGAACGAGACUGCUGCUUGGGAUUUAACUGUGAAAUGGCCUUUGACGGACCGGGUCAGACGAGGAAAGAGGAGGGUUCUCCGAAAAUAGCACAACAUUGGUUAGUCGCAAAAGCACUAACGAGAAGACUUUCAAAGACUAUAUACGAGAAAACAAUGCUGCACAAGACCGAGGGCCACACAGGACUGCGGCCCUCGGGGUGAGAUGGCGCUCUGAGAGUCAAGCGUUUGGUCGAAAAGAGGGCGUGGGGGGGCACACUGAGUGUGACUGCCAAAGCUAUCAAAGGCGUUGCCAUAAAAUAUGGCAGGAGUGAGACAAUGUGAAAAGAAGAGCAAAGCAUUACAGCUAUGUACAAAAAACAUACAUGUACAGUGUCACUCUACGGAGGUCAUUUCUUUUUUUUUUUUUAUAUCAUCGUAAUCAUGAAAAGCUAUUAGGUACAGGACGACUAUGCUAAUUCUCAUAACCAAAAGGGUAUACAAGUUGUAGAUACAUAUAGAUCGCUAUACCGUCAAAUACUGCACAACUAAAAAGCAUAGUUACAAGUAAGACAUUGUCCUAUGAGGAUCUGUGCUGAUUAUUAUUUGUCCGUUUGUUUUAAAACUGGCAUCAAGUCAAGUCCAGUCUCAUCUGAUCCAAAUUCCCUGCCAUAAAAGUACAUUACUACGGAAUGCCGACCAACAAUCGGGACUUAUCGAUGCCAUUAUUACGCCAGAAUCCACAGAAGUCAUUACCACUGAUUUUAAAAAAAAAGUCAGCAUGACAAUAAGUAGAUAUUUUAACAUUCGAUAUGGCAGUUCUGUCGAUCUGUAGCAGUGUCAAAUGUGUUAUUUGGUCAUAAGUGUAUCCUACAAAGUAUGAAACGAGUGCAGGUUGUUUCCUCAACGACCAACUGAUUGAAGAUGGAACAAUAAAUGGUAUUCAGAGGAAAAUGUGUACUGUGUUUAUAUGUGGGUGAGCACUGCUUAUCUGUUUACGUGUUGAUACAUUUAACCAAUAUAACUAGAGAAAUGUAUUGUAAUGCCCCCUGGUUGUGGUGAGGAAGAGACACGUC